AUGACGGUGACCUACACGGCGGAAGUGGCGACUUGCCGGGGUUUCGGCUGCUUCCUGAAGCUGCUGAUGAGAUGGCGCGGUAGUAUCUACAAACUGGUGUGGCUGGAUUUGACCUGCUUCCUGCUUCUCUACUACGUGCUGAACGUUACCUACCGCUUCGGUUUGUCGGAGGAUCAAAAACGGAUUUUUGAGGAAAUCGUCAAGUACUGUGCCACCUACAGCAACCUGAUCCCGCUCUCGUUCGUGCUCGGUUUCUAUGUCACGAUCGUGAUGACGCGCUGGUGGAACCAGUACACCAGCAUUCCGUGGCCGGACCCGAUUGCCGUUUUUGUCAGUGCCAACAUUCACGGUCAGGACGAACGUGGACGUGUGAUGCGCCGCACCAUAAUGCGGUACGUGUGCCUCUGCCUAACGAUGGUGUUGACCAACAUCUCGCCACGCGUGAAGAAACGUUUCCCGACCAUCGAGCAUCUGGUUGAGGCUGGUUUGCUGAAUGAUAACGAGCACAAGAUCAUGUCACAUCUGAACCAGAAGUUUCCGCGUCAUUCCAAGCACUGGUUGCCGAUUGUUUGGGCGGCUAGUAUUGUGACUCGUGCCCGCAAGGAGGGUCGGUGUCGGGACGAUUUCGCCUCCAAAACGAUCAUCGACGAGCUGAACAAGUUCCGUGGCCAGUGCGGGUUGCUAAUUUCGUACGAUACGAUCAGCGUGCCGCUCGUGUACACGCAGGUGGUGACGCUGGCCGUAUACAGUUACUUCCUCACGUCGGUUAUGGGACAGCAGUGGGUCGAAACGAAGGAACUUGGCGAAGGGGUGGUGAACAAGAUCGACCAGUACUUCCCGAUCUUCACCACGUUGCAGUUUUUCUUCUACAUGGGCUGGUUGAAGGUGGCCGAAUCGCUGAUCAACCCAUUCGGCGAGGAUGAUGACGACUUUGAGGUGAACUGGAUCGUCGAUCGGAACCUGCAGGUGUCGUACCUGAUCGUGGACGAGAUGCACCACGAGCAUCCGGAGCUGCUGAAGGAUCAGUACUGGGAUGAGAUAUUUCCGACCGAGCUCCCGCACACGGUGGCAUCGGCCGAGAUCCGUGAGGAACCACCACAACCCUCGACCGCGGACAUCGUGGUGAAGAAGAAGGAAGCGGAAGUCAUUCCGGUGGUGCCAACGGCAAUCCGCAUCGACGAAAUGGUCGGUAAACAGAACCAAGCGGUUGAGUAUAACUUCUCCGGGAAUCCCAACGAAGACGAGAUGGAUGACAAUGUAAGUGGCAUUCAUUUCAACACCUCCGAUAAGCCAAUCUACCGUGGUGGAAGUUCUGCGACAAGUUUGGCUAGUGUAGCCGGCACGAUGUCUCGCGUGAACACGGUUACCUCGGCGCUGAAACGUUUCUUCAGCAAGGACGAAUCGAGUCGCCCGAAUAGUGCCACACCGGACGCAGGAUCCGUACCAUUCAGGUUCCCUGGAUCAGCCAGUUCAACAAAUCUCGCUGGCGGACGAGGCCCAGAUCGUGCUAUGGGCAGCAUGCGUAUUACAGAUCAAGUGAUAGAAGAAGUCGACGAGCAGCUAACCAUCACGUCGAUGCAGGGCAACAAUACAGACAGCCGGCCGACGGCAGCUAGCCUAUUUGAGCAUGGUCCCCCAAAGCCCAGUGAUCCGGUUGAUGUGCCGAUGCAACCCUACAAUCGCACGCAGUCGUCAGUGGCGCAUGGAUUCAAUUCACAACUGACACCGCCUGGUCCCGACUCGAUGCUUUCCGCAUCAGCUCCGGAAACGGGCCGGUUCGAACACAACUUCGUUCCACUGAGCCCAACGGAUCCGGAUGCUGUUCCAAUGGUACCCUCGUCAACGGCAUUAUCCACUGCAAUCGAUGAAGGUGACCGGGUCACCACGACGUAUGAGAACGAGGAAACGGAAAAGGAGCAGCUAGAGAGGAAGACACGUCUGUUGGCACGGUCCAUCAGCAAGCAGGCCGUGCUGGGUCUUAUUAACACCGAUAUGCUGCUUGAAGAGCUCUCUAGAAGCACGGGUGAUUUGGAGACACCCGAAAAGAGACCCCAGCAGAACACGCCCGAUGGCCCAACCUCCGACACGAACAGUAACGUCGAUACGACCUUAUGAUUCUACGUGUCCGACGCGGAUGACAAUGUUAUUGUCGUUAACGUAAAAGAGGGCAGCGCCGAUAGGUAGCAGCUCUAGCACCGAAUAGUGCAUCUGCCCGUCCGAGGGUGGAACUGGAACUAGCGGGUGUAUGGUACCUAUAGCCCCACCUAGCUUCGAAAUGCACGAAAUCUCUCACGGUAUCCAGGCCCGGAAAUGAAUCGCUAAAUCUCGUUCCUUUCCUCUUUUCCUACCUUUCCAACGGUAGUCAUUUAAGAUACCGUAACACCCGUUCCGAUGACCCCUAAUGGGAGCUCAGAAUCUGCGGAAACUGAUUUUAAAAAUAUUCCAACUCAUUAGAUAAUCGUAACCGCCCUACCUGUCGGCUAAUGUGAUGAAACAAGAUUUAAUUCCAGCAGUAUUUGAUAGUGUACGCCCUUCCGUCGGGAACUGGAGGCGGCUGCAGAAAAAAAAAGCCAACCGAUACAGUUACGCACAACGCGUUUCGCAAUGUUCAUGGGUGAUGCAUUUUAGUUGCUUAUUGCUAACGCAAAGUUCUCUUAAAUUAAGCAUAAAUGCAACACGGUGUCGUACGAUUACAAUUGAGUAGCCUGUAAAAUGCGAUGGAGCGUGGCCUAACGUAAACAAAUGCGCCUUAAAUGUUAGCCUUUCGAUACAAUUUAUUGCUCGGCAGUGGACGAAACGGACACCAAUGGGCUGCUAAAGUAUGAUAUAAAGUACAUUUUUACUGAUGCUCACUCAUAGUAUAUUUAGUUGUAUCUGUUGUGUUCCAUAUACGGAACGGCAUUGUGGUAUUGAGCGUGUUCGAUCCGCUGCGGGUGCGAAACGAUAAAAGACAGCGAAAUCGCAAAUCAGCUCUAUAUUAUGAUAUUUACUGCAUAUG